AUAAAAUUUCUAAAUUUUCUAUACAACAGAUAAAAUUCAGAGCAAACUUUUAGUUUGCAAGGUCAAAAUUCAACCUUUCAACUUUUUUGGAAUCAUAUUUAUUUUCUAAAUUUUCAGUUUAUAAAUUUAUCAGUUUGGAUAUAUCCUACCAAAAUGCAUUAUUGCGGAACUGUUUUUAGGCUAGCAAGAGUGCAGCCAAUUAUACACAAACAAAAAGAUUUUGUUGGCCACCGCAAUACACAAAGACAACUUCCUCAAGUUACACUUAACCGAUACAAAUCAUCAGUUUUUGAUGUUGUCAAACCAGGACCUCCAAUUGAAGUUUUCGCCUUAAACAAAGCAUUUGCUGAAGAUAAAGACCCGAACAAAGCUAACUUGGGAGUAGGAGCAUAUCGUACAAAUGAGGGAAAACCUUGGGUAUUACCAGUGGUUCGAGCGACCGAAAAAAAGAUUGCAAGCGAUGAAAAGAUUAAUCACGAGUACUUAUCAGUUUUAGGGAACGAAAUGUUUAGAAAAGCUGCGACUGCUCUGCUAUUGGGUGACAACUCUAAAGCAGUACAAGAAAAACGGGUAUUUGGGGUGCAAACAUUGUCUGGCACAGGAGCUUUACGUCUUGGAGCCGAUUUUCUAACUAAAAUAAUGGGUCGUACUGAUUUUUACUGUUCUGAUCCAACUUGGGAAAAUCAUUCAAAAGUUUUUUUGGAUGCUGGUUUUAAGAAUGCACAUGAAUAUCGUUACUGGGAUUAUAAGAAACGUAUUAUUGAUAUCGACGGAUUAUUAGAAGAUUUAUGCCAGGCACCAGAAGGUGCUGUUAUUAUUUUACAUGCUUGCGCUCAUAAUCCAACUGGCAUGGAUCCAUCACAAGAACAAUGGAAGCAAAUUGCUGAUGUAAUUGAGGGCAAAAACUUAUUCCCAUUCUUUGAUUCAGCAUAUCAGGGUUUUGCUAGUGGAGAUCCAGAUAAUGAUGCAUGGGCUGUGAGAUAUUUCGUUGAUAGAGGUUUUGAGCUUGUAUGCUCUCAAUCUUUUGCCAAAAACUUUGGUCUUUAUUGUGAGCGUAUUGGUAAUUUAACAGUGGUACAGCAAAGUCCCAAAACAACUGCCGCUGUUCAAUCACAAUUCACUUUGGUGGUACGCGGCGCAUAUUCCAACCCACCAGCGUUUGGUAGCAGAAUCGUUGGAACAGUACUUAGUGAUCCAAAACUUAAAGGAGAAUGGAUGGAAUCAAUAGCAACCAUGUCAUGCAGGAUUCGGCAAAUGCGUGAAGCUUUAGUUGAAAAUUUAAAGGCACUGAACACUCCUGGUAACUGGGAUCACAUUGUGAAACAAAUUGGAAUGUUCUCAUACACUGGAUUAAAUGAGCAACAAGUGGGUACUCUUAUCAAAGAUUUCCAUGUCUAUUUACUUAAAACGGGACGAGUCAAUAUGUGCGGCGUAAAUGAUAAGAAUGUGAAACAUAUUGCAAAAGCCAUUAACGCUGCAGUAUCUAAAAAGUGAUAUUUCGAUAUAGUAGAAAAGAACUAAGCUUCUGUAUGGAACAACUCAUGAGAAGAGGGAGGUGUAAUAUGGUUUAUGAAUGACUCAAAGCGCAUAUAUGUUAAGCAUUCAAUGUCUAUGGUAGAACUAGUAAACAAAAAACUAAAAUACUAGUAUUAAUUAUAUCAGGAAUGUCCAAUUCUGAAUACAUUUCAUGAAUGACUCUCAGCGCAUAUAUGUUAAGCAUUCAAUGUCUAUGGUAGAACUAGUAAACAAAAAACUAAAGUACUAGUAUUAAUUAUAUCAGGAAUGUCCAAUUCUGAAUACAUUUUGACUACAAAUAAAUAUUACCAAUAUCCGUC